AUUUGGCCUCGUACAAAGCACACGUGCAAAAUGCAUUUUCACGAAAUUAUUAGCAGUUUUCCUGACAUACGGAAGAGAAGGUGGGCAGAAACGUUUAGAAUUCUAGUCGAUUCCUCAUUUAGUGAUUAAUUUUAGUGCUUUAGGAUACAUAAUUAAUUGUGAUACAACCGAAAUGGUACAAACAGAAGACAUUGUAGCAGAAGACAACGAGAAGGUUUUACCUCGUGCCCCCAAAGGCGUGCCCGACGGUAACUACAAACUAAUCGGAUGGAGUAUCGAUACGACGGGACGUCGUCUCAUAGACGAAAUAUGCCAGAUAGCCGCCUACUCCACGACCUCCCAAUUCUCUCAGCACAUUAUGCCAUUCUCCGAUCUAAACGUGGGAUCGCGUCGACGUCACAACCUACGUAUCAUAAACAUCGGACGCUAUCGAAUGUUGAAGAACCUCAAGACAAACAAAUUCGUCAAGACGAAAAGCGAAAUCUCGGCGCUCACCGACUUUCUCACGUGGCUGGAGGCGAACCGGGGCGACGCCAAGGACGGCGUCAUUCUCGUGUACCACGAGUUCCGCAAGACGUCCCCCGCCAUGCUGCUCGAAGCCCUACGUCGAUACAGCUUAAUCGAACGAUUUUCGCAGGUCGUCAAGGGCUUCGCGAACGGAUUUAACAUUGCGUCGGUGCAGUGUAAAAAUACCACCAAGUCUUUCAGUUUACGGGUCAUGAGUCGAAUGCUGUUAAACAAGGAGGACGAUUUCGGCAAUGCGAUCGAUCGGGCUCAGGCCGCGUUUGAGGUCGUCGUCCAUUUGGGGCAGGCGGAGAAGACGGACGUGAACGACACGAACGCCAAUAACAACAACGAAGGACACAUCAGUAGCUUUAUUAGUAAAUUUGUUAAUCCCGUCUCGGCGGAGGAGGAGGAGAUUGCAAAUUUUAAGGUAUUAUUGGAAAGACAAAACACGUUUAGGCCAGUUUUUGGCGCGCUAAUGAAAGCAACACUGCCAGAAAGACGACACGCUAGUCAUUUACGCCGCCUUCUAGCCGAGAACAAUAUCGAUUAUGCCAAAUUACAGAGUGCGUACGAAAGCAGCGCCAAGGAUGGAAUUGAAGGCAUUCUCAAAAACGAGGUGCCCAAUGCUAAGGAAAAGGAUCUUACGGAACUUUUAGAGAUUUUAGAUUGUUUCUUCGAUCCGGAAAAGAAGGCCAUACAGCCGAAACCACGAUUUUUCGCCAACCAAAAUCGCAAUCCCAGAAGUAGAACCCAAUCUAAUAAUAAUAAGGAAAAUGGCGAAGUGAACGGAAAUAAUAAUAGUACGGAGGGUAGCGUCAACACUAGUAGUAGUGAAACUACUCCACGAACCGUCGAAAAUGGUAUAGUUGAACAGAGUCAGCCCUCAGAAACCGUUGUGCAAUAAUGAAGUCUGUGCCUUUGAAGAUUUGUUACUAAAGAUGUUCGCAUUUACAUUAUGUUACCAUUUAGAGUGAUUAUUUGUUUUUAUUUUUUUUAACAUGCUGCUGGACUUGUUGUUGAGUUUAUCAAUAUUGUUUAUGUAAUGUUAAUAAUGUUACUAAUUCUAUUGAGAUGCUUUGUUUAUACCUAUUUUAGUUUGUUAUGGUUUAAAACAAUUGUUCUAAGGGGAAGAGAGUGCUUUAAUUUUAUUUUGUGAUAAAUGGUGAUUAUUAUAAUUCUUUAUUAAUAAAUUUUUGAUUACAUUUGUGAAA